GUCAAAAAGAAAACCAGGAUAAAUUAGAUGAAAGCAUUGAAACAUACGAUUUAACAAGCAAAGAGCUAUCAGAUUCAUCAAGCAAAGAGUCAUCAGAUUCAUCAAGCAUAAAACCAUUGCAUCUAUCUGUAACAAAUACUUUGAACUUACCUGACUUGUCAAAAAUGACAAAUUAUAAUAUUAAAUUGGAAAUGUCUAUAGUAAAAGAGCCUGUUGUUAAUAUUGAUUGA